UAAUAAUAAUAAUAAUAAAACUUUAUUACGGACUCAGGACCCCAAAAAAAUUACAGCACAACCCGUACAACACUUAAUACAAGAAUAAUCCCAGAGGCAUAUAAUACAAUUUCAUAAUAUAACAUUUCUUUUAUAUAUAUAUAUACACACACACACACACACACACACAUCAUCUAUACUCUAUAUAAAAAAUAAUUUGUGCCAGUGUCUCCAUAUCUGAGACAACAAACAGUACUGACUCUGAUAUUGGAUAUGACCAAGAUAAUCUCAUUCAUAGAACACAAGAUUUCUCACUGCAGCGUGAAGUGUAUUAACUUGUGCAGACACAAACAUCUCACUAGCACUACACCAUCUAGGCCUUUUAAGUAGUAUUCACAAAGCAUCAUUAUACACUACCUGUAAUCUUUUCAUGCUUCCCUUCUUGUAAUUAACCCACAAGUGGGCAGUAUACAGAGGUGUACAAUACGAUUUAAUCAACAACAUUUUAACAGCAUCAGAACAGAAAGAAUAUUUAUUGCAGAUAUCCGUAAGUCAAAUCUUCCUAGUCAAAAAGAACAUGUCAGAUAUCCACAGUGGCAUUGUUCCUAGGACAAAUGACGUCACUUUUUGAUGGACCCUAUGGAACCUUAAUUCGUAAAAAAAAUAUGUAUAGUAGUGAACAGGGAAACACAUAAUGUUUUGAUUCCGUUUGAAUAUACAUAUAAUGUUUGUCAAAUUAACAUAUAGGCUAUUUUUCCAAGUCAAGAAAGUCACAGACAAAUGGUAAAUGUACUCUAUAAUGUAUUUACAGACAAGAGUGUGGAUUGAUUAAAGGGUCUGCCGUACACGCGACCAUGACGCUGGUGAUCUGAUUGAGGUGUUCUGUCCGGUUACUGUCAAAGUCUGUUGACAUUUCCUUCUGGAUCAAUCAGUCUUUAGACACUGCCAGAGCUGUUUAGUGUUUACUGUAUGUCUGUCUUCUUCAACUUUCUCAAUUUCUCUGUCAUUUGGCUUUUUGUGUCUUUUAACCUCUCUUGCUUCUUCUGCACCGUGUUCUUCUCCUUUUUGUUUCUUUACUAAGGACUUAAAUAAAAAACAACCAAUCACACAUUUCGGUCACUCAAAAAAUAUUAAAAUCUUCCGUGAUGGUUUCUGACUUUAUUUGCCACAACUGAUAAAUUAACUGGUCUGCUAAACAUGGCAACGGUCUGUUAUACACAAUUAACAGCCCCCAGAAUGAUGCAAUUAAUCAGAAGUCAUGCUAUUUUUGUAUAUAAAAGAAAAUGCUAUACAGUUUUCAGGGAUAUUUUCAGUGUUAGUUGUACUGACCAUAUUGCUCUUUAUACAAGUAACAAUCAGGUGUUUGGACAGGGCACAGUUUGCUCAUGUGACAGUUUGAUAAAAUGUAGUAGAGGAGCCACGAUGUUGUCAAGGUGAAGAGACAGGGAGAACUCUGCAGCAGCUUAUGGCUCGUGUGAUACUGGAAAAGCUCAAUUUACCUCCUCAGUCAUAGAUAUUGCAGUGUGUAAAAAUACUGUGUCAACCAACCAGACUUAGGUCCUUGUUAGUGUUACAUUGCCAGACCACAGCGCUGCAGAGGAAGGUCUGGCUAGUCCACACAGCAUUCCUGGAUGGGAGAAAAACGUGCUCUGGUUUAUUGGCAUUUCUUGAAACCAAUCACAAUCCUCUUGGGCGGGGCUUAGCACCAAACGCAGCAACGGUGCGUCUGCAAAAUUGCCUCGGGAAGGAACUUGUUUUGGUGGAACAUGUGCACGUAGGGAGGCCAGCUCUGGAAUUAAAAUGGCUGUCGAGUGUUUUUUUUUGCAGUCAAAUGCAGCAAAAGAGCAUCUGUCUUUCAUCACUGUGUUUUAGUAAGGGAUGUUUUUUUUUUUUUUUUUAUAUAUUUUACAGCUGCAACAAUCAGUGGAUUAACUAAUCAGUCGAUUGAGAGAAAAUUAACCAGAAACUUUUUAUUGAUAUAAUAAUCAAUUGAUUGUUUAAGACAUUGAUCAAGCAAAAGCACCAAACAUUUGAUGCUUCCAGCCUCUCAGACGUUAGGACUUGCUGUUUGUCCUAGUUGUAACAAAGUAGCAAACGGAAACUCUUUGAGUUGUAGACUGUUGGUUGGACAGAACAAGCGUUUAAUGACAUCAACAGCAUGUUUUACUAUUUUCAUAGUCACAUUUUAUAGAUCAAAUAAUUAAUCCAAAAAAUACAAUGUGUACGUGUUGCGUCAUGCACUCCUGCCCCAUCAGGGCCAUAGAUCAAAUAACAUCCACAGUCUUUAAUAUAUUUAAUGUUUUUCCAAGAAGAAAUGGGGUGAUUUAUUUCUGUGUGAUCUAGUUUGUAAUUCUUCUUCUUUUUAGUUUCUCUCAAUACUUAAACACUGAAGUGAAAAACAGAAAGUGACAUUUUGAGUGAUGCACAACCAGUGAUAUUAACUUCUCUUCAGGAACAUUGUAUCCACAACUAAUAAUGUCACAUCAUUAUUUCACUUAAUUUAGAACAUCCACUGUAGUUAAGAUUAGUCUUAGUUGUAGGAGCCAUACAUUGGGUUUGAUUAGUCUUUUAUGAUCUUUCCUCUUUUUUGCGCUGUUGUGUAUGUGCACGCGCUUAGUGACGUUGUUGGUUACUGUGGGUGUCACCGGGGGGUGUGGUGACUGUAUUAGUGUGUGUGUGUGUUCACGUGGAGGGGUUCGCCAGGUGUUGGGAUGAUGGCUGCAGGGUGAGCACGUGGAGAAACCUUCUGUUGACCGUCACCAUUGUCAUCUUCUGUUACUGCACCGUCUGAGGUAUCUUUGCACAGCUUAUUAAAAUGCAUCAAUUCAAGUAAGUGCUGUUUCUUGCUAAGCUUGUGAAAUGGAUCAAUAAAGACAUCCCAUCAAGUGCAAUGGUUCAGCGUGACGCGUCUUCAGUGUAAACCCAUAUGUCUUAGCCUGCUGCGACGUUUGGAUUAGUUUCUAAGUUUAUAUGCCGCAAUAUUAAUGUUGGCUCAAAAGUGUUUUGAAAUACAACCCGAAAAUGAAUAAUGAUGACUGUGUGGUUAAAGGGAGCCAACUGCAUUAGAACAUUUGCCACUAGAGAGCUUCUCCCCCCGAGCCACGCUUCACAGUCUUCUAUGGCAGUGUGUUUCUCCCCUCACACCAGGGCCUAUGGGUCUAUAGCAGUCCCGGCUGAACACCAAUUAUAGGAGCCAAGCUCUCUACAACCAUAACAGGUAACACUGUCCUAUACUGUAUGUGACACACAAUGGCUUGCCAUGCCAUAUGGCAGCCUUCAUUGUAGGAGGCUACAGCAGCUGGAAUAACAGAUCAUCGUUUUCUUCUAUUCCUGUUCUGAGAUCCAUAACGUCGACUCGCAAGGCACCUGACGAAAAUGGUCCAGUGAGAGCGGACGAUGCCAGCUAUGAGUCACAGUAGUCCUUGCCUGUGGACCCGGCUCCUCCAGGGCAGCCAGGCCCCAUGUGACCGCUACAAACACGCCUGCUGCAGCUACGGUGGACAUGUCUACAUCCUGGGAGGGAGAGACAGCAGCUCUCUGAGGGACUUCUGGAGGUACAGUGUGGUUUGUGACGAGUGGACCGAGUUAAACUGCACCAGUGACGCUGCACCAGAAGAACUGGAGGGACAUUCUAUGAUGGCUCAUGAGGGCUUCCUGUACGUGUUUGGAGGCAUGCUGGAUUCUGCGUACACCGAGCAGAGAUGUCCCCUCUGGGUAUUUGACAUCGCGAAGCAGAAGUGGGUGCCUUGCCAGGGAAAGACCAGCUCCCCUCAGAGUCGAAUGCCAACCAACAGAAAAGGACACAGUGCUGUGGUGCUCGGCUCUGCCAUGCUGGUGUAUGGAGGGUUAGUGGACAUCAAAGGAUCCUCGCAGGACUUUUGGAGUUUGGAUUUUGAUUCCAUGGCUUGGUCGCAGCUGAAUGGUUCCCAGCAGCAGGGCCCAUUAGGCCCCGGCCCCAGACACAGCCACUCAGCGGUGGGCAGCCACAGCUGCAUGUACCUGUUCGGGGGCCUGAAAGGCUUACGGGAGCAGAGGGACUUCUGGAAAUGGAAUUCCACCAGCAACAUGUGGAGUUCCCUCAAAAACAAGGCCGGUCCCUCCAGACUGAUGGGCCACUCAGCCGUGGCCUACCAGGACAGUAUGCUUCUUUAUGGGGGAGGUGAGAGCCAGAACUCUCCACAGCACUACCUGUGGAGGUACCACUUCAGCACUCAGACCUGGGAGCAGGUUGCCACGCUCCCUGGCUCCAACCCCCCAGGGAAGAUCCACCACUGCUGCGUUGGGCUGGGUCCCAGCUACAAGUCCAAAACCAGCAGCCCCUGCUCCAGCUCAGCACAACCCAGGCUACUGGAGGGGAAACUAAGGCUCUUCAAGAACAAGUGCUUCCCUGCCCCACUCACCUUUCUAGGAUCAGAGGGAGCUAUAGAGCUGGAGACGUUCAGCCCGGACAGAUGCUACGGUAGCAAAACUCUCACACAAUCUUCCCAACUAUUCAACAGCAAAGAGGGCGUAAUGGGGAAAGAUGCCCAGCAGAUUGGAAACUGUUUGACUUUUGAAAACAAGGCUUUUAGGAAACAGUGGGUCUGCAGAGGAGCUAACCCGCUGGACGAGGAGGAGGAGGAGGAUGAAGAUGAUGCCGCGCAUCUGCCUGAUCUGCUGCUGGUGCUGGGUGGGAAACCGUGCACCACACACAGCCCUAUCUCCAUAUGGCAAAUGACUCUAACGGACUCAUAGCAGCUUUUGAAGAACGCUUUUGUUAGAACAUUAACGCGUUCUCUAUAUGAGAAAUAUGAAGAAAAUAAACACUGGUGUUAUAUUAUCACUUUUGUUUUGUUAAAUCUUAUAUGUUGAAAGGGUUUACUGACAUGCUCUGAACAAGAGAAUAACUCUUUCUACUUUUGUUGUGAGUUUUUAAUUUUAAUUUCAUUUCAUUUUUGCAGAAGUCAAAUAAAUUAUCAGAAAAUGCCA